UUCAUUUGUUUCAUCUGAAAGUAGCGAAAUUAUUUCACCAAUAAAGAUGACGUGGGAGCAAAUAAAAUCAAACAUUUCCUUUCCGGUAUUUCUCAUAAUCGCAGCCGCCAUGUACUGGGCGGAUUUGACCAUCAAUAAGUGCUGAGAAUCAAUGGAGCACAUAAAAAAUGAGGAGGAGGAGAAGAAUCUCCGGCGAACGAUGGAAAGCGGAAAAGUCAUGUUUGAGGUGGUGAAUGUGAAUGAAAAUGUCCCCGACGAUGAACACCCGGACGAAGAUGAUGAUAUCGCCUUCCGGAGGGAAGAUAUCUCCGGGAAGAAGUCCUCGUUAAUUCUAAGAAGAAUUCCAAGGAAAUUAUCGAAACAGAGAUUGGGAGACGUGGGGCAAUACGACCGAGAGACCCAGAAGGAGAUCGAGGCCCGAAGGAAGACCUUGUUCGCCUCCCGGAGCGAUUUAUCCCGGGUGUCUUCAGUGUUCCUCGCUGAAACGAAAUCGAGACAAAGUCGAGGCUCCAAUGUUAAGAGUAUUGGGAUGUCAGGGAGAGGUAGCAGUCGCAUCCUGUUCUCAGAUAAUAUUCCUGUGAGGAGCAUGACCCUCGAGAUGCCCCGAAGGACUGCUCUCCCUGAGGAGGAGGCUGCAGUCUACUGCGACAUCCUCGAGAAGUCUCUCGACCAGUUAGGGCUCAUCAGGUACAGAAUCCCUGCAGAGGUUGACGACAGGUGGGACGAGGGCGACCGAAAUUGUUGUGAGAAGUACGACGUACCUGCAGAGCCUGAAUACAACCUCAGGGAGUACCUCGGCUUGCGAACUCUGAUCCCGAGUGUUUCUGAGAAACUCCAGAGAGACAGGACCUAUAUCUAUAACGUCUUGAGAGAACUGACGGAUGAACUCCGGAUCAGUGGAAGAUACGACCGGCUGGAGCUGGAGAUCGAGAGAAUAGCGAGAGUCGCGGAGGAGGAGCACAAUUUGGAGGUGAAUCAUGAGAUCUGGUCAGAGCAGGCGGAGCAGCUUCGGUUGUUGAUGAAAUCAGAGAAACUAGAUAAUGAAAUUAAUGUGAAAAAAUUGAUGAGUCAAGUGCACGACUCAGCGGCGGAUAUAGACGACACAAUAUUCCGGAGCAAAUCGAAAUUGGGGUACGUCAGGAGGUGGGAGAGUGCCAGAUUGGAGGGUCAGAGGCUCCAGCUGGAGCAGCGAGAGCACAAGUUUCAGGAUCAGCUGAGCGAUUGUGAGCGGUGGGAGGGGGUGGAGGAGGUGGUGUCGGAAGAGAUCAUGGCUUUUUUUCAGCAGGAUAUCGAACGUCUGGAGAAGGAUUACAGGGAGUGGAUGAAUAUUUUCAACGACGAGGUUGACCAGCUCGAUGAGGAGAUCGAGUACAAGAAGCAGGAUAUCGAGGAAGCGGAGAAGAAGGUCGGGGAAAUGUCGAGGUUGUCGGAGCAGAGGAAGAGGUUCAUUGAUGACUGCGUUGAGCGGAGAAGAAUUACGGCGGAGGUGAAAGCGUAUUCGGACGCUGUCAAUCAGGCAGCGAGACUCAUUCAGGCGCACUGGAAGGGCCACAUGGUCAGGCACCAGUUGGGGCCCUAUCGGGGCCUCUGGAAGGCUCUCAAAAAGCGGAAGAAACUCGCUGCCAAGAGGCGGAAGAAAAUUGAAAACCGGAGGAUGAUGCUGGAGCAAAAACAAGCCGAAGAAACGAAAAAGAAAAAAUGAAUCGACUUCUUUGUAAAUUUCAUCACACAAUUUUUUAUGAAUUUUUCUUCGCAAUUUCUCCUGCAAAAGUGUAAUUUAAAUAGAUCGUUGGAAUAAUUUUGGAAUAAUUAUUUUUUUGAAUACAU